UCUAAUCGAGUCUAAUAUACAUAUUUAGUCUCAUACAUUUCCCUCUAGAGGAGCAAUUAGCAACAAUGGAGAUCAUCACAGUCUUCUUCCUCAUCAUCAUCUCCCUCUCCUUGUCCAUUUUCCUUAAACUCAUCUUCUUUUCCCCAACCCACAAACUCCCGCCGGGUCCACCGCGUUUUCCGGUCAUCGGAAACAUCAUCUGGCUCAAGAAGAACAGCUUCUCCGAUUUCCAAGGCGUUCUUCGUGACUUAGCUUCCCGUCACGGACCAAUCAUAACCCUCCACGUAGGCUCCAAACCUUCGAUCUGGGUCACCGACAGAUCACUCGCUCACGAGGCCCUUGUCCAGAACGGCGCCGUUUUCGCCGACCGUCCUCUCGCUCUCCCCACCACCAGAGUAAUCACAAGCAACCAACACGACAUCCACUCCUCCGUCUACGGCCCUCUCUGGAGAACCCUUCGCCGGAAUCUCACCUCCGAAAUCCUCCAACCGGCGCGUGUGAAAGCCCACGCGCCGUCGAGAAAAUGGGCUCUCGAGAUUCUCGUCGAUCUACUCGAGUCGGAGCAGAGAGGGAAAGGGCAUGUCUCGGAUGCCUUGGGUCAUCUCCGUCACGCGAUGUUCUGUUUGUUGGCUCUGAUGUGUUUCGGCGAGAAACUGAAGAGAGAAGAAAUCAGAGAAAUCGAAGAAGCUCAGUACCAAAUGCUCAUAAGCUACACCAAAUUCAGCGUCCUCAACAUCUUCCCAAGCGUGACCAAGUUCUUACUCCGACGAAAAUGGAAAGAAUUUUUCGAUCUGCGGAAAUCUCAGGAGAACGUUAUACUCCGAUUCGUGAACGCCAGAAGCAGAGAAAAAGCCGGAGAUGUUCUCUGUUACGUCGAUACGCUGCUGGGUCUAGAGAUUCCGACGGAGGAGGAAGAGGGGAAGAAGAGGAAACUGAGUGAAUCGGAGAUCGUGAGUCUGUGCUCGGAGUUUCUAAACGCAGCGACGGAUCCGACGGCGACGGCGAUGCAGUGGAUCAUGGCGAUCAUGGUGAAAUACCCAGAGAUACAGAGGAAGGUAUACGAGGAGAUGAAGAGUGUUUUAGCCGGAGAAGAAGAGAUAAGAGAAGAGGAUUUGGGGAAGCUGAGUUAUCUCAAAGCUGUGAUCUUGGAGUCUCUAAGAAGACACCCUCCUGGUCACUACUUAUCUUACCAUAAAGUCACAAAGGAUACAGUUUUAGGUGAAUUCCUCGUUCCUCGCCAAGGUACAAUAAAUUUCAUGGUAGGAGAAAUGGGCCGAGACCCGAAAAUAUGGGAGGAUCCUUUGACCUUCAAGCCGGAAAGAUUUCUAGAGAACGGGGAAGCACAUGGCUUUGAUAUGACCGGAACUCGUGAGAUCAAGAUGAUGCCGUUUGGAGCGGGACGAAGGAUGUGUCCUGGUUACAGCCUUUCGCUGCUUCACCUCGAAUAUUUCGUGGCCAAUUUGGUCUGGAAAUUCGAGUGGAAAUGUGUGGAAGGUGAAGAGGUUGAUCUAUCCGAGAAGCAACAGUUCAUCACAAUGGUCAUGAAAACCCCUUUCAAGGCUAAUAUGUAUCCAAGGAGAAAGUGAUUUGCCUUUUGCUUCAUUACAUUUUCAAUAGCCCAUUGGGCUUGUUAGUCAUCUGUAUAUAUCAUCAACUACUUGUCUCAUGUGUGCUAAAACCAAUUUGGGCCGUAAAUGGGCUUCAAUAAUAUAUAUUAUCAAUCAGU